UUUCCAUUGCUGGUCAUUAAUUCGUCUGGAUCUGUCUCCGUCCGUCGUCUCUGUGUCUCUAUUGCGUCGAUCAUGCCCUGGACUGGACGUUUGUCUUUAAUUUAUCUGCUUCUGCUGGGCAGUUCCCUUGACGUCACAUUUUCGAAACGAUUGGAUCGUAAAGUGUCGGACAACCGCAUUGUGGGUGGCCACGAAGCCGAGGAGGGAGCGGCUCCUUAUCAGGUGUCCAUACAAACAGUCUGGAAGACGCACAUCUGCGGCGGUGUCAUCCUCGACAAGGAAUGGAUACUCACCGCCGGCCACUGUGCCCUGGACUACGGCAUCAAUGAUAUUAGGAUUGUGGUGGGAACCAACAACCGCUCGGAGCCCGGACAGAUGCUCUAUCCGGACGAGGCGCUGGUGCACUGCCUCUACGACGUCCCGUACAUAUAUAACAAUGAUAUUGGACUAAUCCACGUGAACGAAUCGAUCAUCAUGAAUGAUCGCACUCAGAUGGUGAAGCUCAGCUCCGAGCAGCCUCCAGUGGGGGCCACAGUAAUCCUGACUGGUUGGGGAGCUCCGGAGAACAGUUUGCCGACAGUCGAGCGCCUGCAGACCCUCAACCUGACGAUCAUCGAUCACGAGGAGUGCCGCAAGGCCUGGGACUAUCACGAGGGCAUCGACAUCGGACACAUCUGCACCCUAACAAGCGCGGGAGAGGGGGCCUGCUCCGGCGACUCCGGCGGUCCAAUCAUGUGGGAGGGCAAGCUGGUGGGUCUGGUAAACUGGGGACGACCCUGCGGUGUUGGUCUGCCAGACAUGUAUGCCAACACGGUUUACUAUCAGGAUUGGAUCCGAAGGACUCCCACGGGGUGCAAGAAUCGGGUUAACUAGAAUAAAGACAAAGACAUAAAAUCGUGUUAGAAAUGUGAAAUAUACAUAUUUAUUGAUAGU